UGCUUUACCAUUAAACCCGUACAUUUGGAUUAUGACGGUGACAACAAAAACACCUUAUUCUAUAAGGUUUUUUGUAGAAAAGUCAAGAAAAUGUAUUCAUUGCGCCAUCUACUGUGAUUAAGUUGCAAUUUACAUCAAUACACAAAACACACCAAACAACUAAGUGUAGCGCACACAGAAUAGUAGUUCGUGUGUUACUGUGUGGUAUGUAUGGUGUGUGAAAAUGAUUCAUUUGUGGUGGUAACAAAAGCUAAGUCAGCGACAUGCCAAAAUUCUUCAUCAAAGUGAUACCUCGUUCAUUGGAUGGCUGAAAAAUAGAAAGAAAUUCUUGUUUGUUGGCAUUUUUUUUAAUAAUUAGUGUUGAAAUUUUCCGUUUAUUUUUUCGUUUAAAAAUUUCAAAAUUUAAUUUUGCGAAAUAUUGCAUUUCGUGUAUGAAAAAAUUCAUUUUAAAAGACCAACAACAAAAAUGUCGACAAAAAAUGAAAAUGUGGUGGACGACUGGGAGUGUAUUGAUGAUUCUGAAUUAACCACAAAAGUCAACCAAAUUAAGAAAAAUGCCACAAACAGUCAAACGAUAUCUGGAACCGAAUGUAAUCGACCAUUUGCGGCAAUGUUACUGAAUGAUGAUGAUUGCAUGCGUACACAAUAUGUACCGCCAGAGCCGACCGUUAAAAUUCUUAAGCGUCCUACCAACGACAAAAAUAAUCAACAAUUAUUAGCUGAACAAAAGCCGAAGGCACCAAUUAAAACGCUUCAACAACGUGAACAAGAAUAUGCCGAAGCACGGCUUCGGAUACUGGGAUCGGCCAGGAGCGAAGAAGAAGAUAUAGAAGUACCACCGUCGACAAAUGUGGAUAAUAGAAACGGAACGACCAACCAAAAUAAUAUAAACGGUUAUUCAAAUAGGAAUGCGAUGAAUCAAAUAAAUUCAGUAGGUAAUUCGUCUAGAGUAAACUUUGUUCGUAAUCCUCAGCAACAGCAAUAUCAAUCGUAUCAGCCAUCACAUCAUCAUCAACAGCCACCACCACCAACGCUACCAUACCAACAGCUUGCAUUUCAAAUUCCACCCGAAAUGCGUCGCAUCGAUGAAAAUUUAAUUCGUUUACCCAGAGGUCCCGACGGUACAACUGGUUUUAUGCUCAAGCGGUAGCAAUAUUAAUUUUUAAAAUUUCAUCCUAACACAAAAACCACUUUGAAAAGAAAAUGUGAACGUGAAGAGAUUGGCAUAUGACCAGAGCAAAUGGUCAAAAUUUGAUUUGAUUAAAAAAAAAAAAAAAAAACGUGAUCAAGGUCUAAUUACUCGUCAUAAACUUUGAUGCCACUGUAAAUUAUAUAUUAUUUCAAGCGAAAUGUGGAGCAAAAAAAAUUGUACAAAAUUUAUUUAAAAGAAAAUGGAAAUACUGAUUGAAUGAGCUAGAUACUUCUAUACAAUAAUAUUUAAAUGGUUCAUUUUUAAGUAUAAGACGGAAAAUGCUCACAUUUUCACAAUCUUGAUCUGAUAUAAAUAUCAUUCUUUAAUGUAUAUAUUUAUUAUAUUGUAAAGGAAGAAGCUCAUGAAAAAAAAUGGAUUAUGCAUUUUCCGUUGCAUUUGCUCUGAUCAACGCUUUUCGAACACAAUAAUAUUAUACAUACAGAAACAUUUUUAUUAUUGAUAAAAUUUUACACAAUGGAAUGAUUAUAAAAUCGAUUAAAUAUACAUAUUUAAAAUGCA